AAUAUAUUUAAUCGCUCGUCUAGUUCUUACCUCCUUGUUCUCCUUAUUAACUUUUGAUAUUAUUUCUCAGAUUCCUCUUGGCUUCCAACAGUAGAAUCUUUCAACAGGAAAAUACUACUUUGAAAAAAGAUCGUGAUUAGCCAUGAAUGAACACAAGAUCUGCAUCGCCUCUCUCUUGUUAUGAGCUAUCAUGCUCUUCUUCUCAUGUUCAAUUUUUUUUUUCAUGCCAUCCUGUUUCAUAUAGUGAUUUUGCUAAAGCAACCAUUUUUAUGCGUUAGAUUCAUCUGGAGUACCAGGAUCUGUAAAGUUAGUUAGCUCAAAUUUCUUCUCUGAUCUGUUCUCUUAUUCAUCAUCAUCCGGUUCUGUUUUCCCUUCUCUUCAUCCACUGCACUACGGUUUCUUUGGAGAAAACUGUUUUGAUCUUCUUAAAAAGCGUUGCAACUAAAAAGAGCUUCCACUUUCGCCGGAGAUUCAAAGGAAUGGGCUUAUGCAGCUUCAUUCUACUCGUCAUAAAGGGAAUAUUCUUUCGACUGUGAUUCUAUUGAUUAAGCAAUUUUAUUGGUAUAUGGCUAGACAUCCGAUAAUUAUCGGACAGUACAGUUGGGGAUCGGCAUGCCUUGCACAUCUGUAUAGGGCGUUAUGCAGGGCAUCUCGUUUUGAUUGUAAAGAGAUCAAUGGUCCGCUAACACUGUUGUUCGUUUGGGUUUGGAUCUAUCUGCCAUAUCUAGCACCGGUUUCUAGGGAAUCCCGUAGGUUUUCGUUUGUAAACAGGUGGCGUAACUGGGAGCGUGGAGACCGACGCUUUAAGUAUCUUACGCUUGCUCACUUUAGGAAGGGUUUGGAUUAUCUUCAGGAAGAUCAGUUUGUGUGGGUUGCUUAUGCUGUGGAUCGCGUGGAUCCGGACAUAAUUGCUGCAGACAUCUACAUACACUUGGUAGUUUGGAGUGCUAUGGUGCCGUUGAUAUUUUUUGAAUGUAUUGAGUGGCAUGCAACUUAUCGGUAUAGGCAACAAUUUGGUUUUGUUUAGGGAGUUCCUCAUCAGUAACGGAAUCUAAACAAGGCACACGGAGAAGUCUUGACUAGUCCUAAGGAUCUUAAUUGGGCCACAGCCACGAAUCAUUCAUUUUGGGUGAUGCAGUGGACAAAUAGAUAUAUUCACGUUCUAACCGAGUAUGAUGGUCUACAUCUCUUAGAUAUUUACAGGCUCUAGUUCCGUACAAAAUAUGACAACCAUUUGAAUUUGUCGGAUCUUGUGGUUUAAGAGAAUGAUGAGGGUGAUCAGAUUAUGGAUGAUGUGGUUUAAAAGAAUGAAGAGAAUGAAGAGAAGGAGCCACAGUCACUGCCACCUCCACCUCCACCUCCACCUUUACCUCCACAAGAACAAUAUGUACCUCAAAUACAAUUUACCUAAUCAUACCAAAUACAUCAGCAGUAUUGGAGUAUGCCAUAGUUUAACUCAGGAGAUGGAGGUUUUUUUAGCCAGUUGCUUGUGUUCAUGGCAACCGAUGUAAGCCAAUCACAAUAUGGUCAUCAGCCUGACAUCAUAGUAGGUAGGUAUUCUUUAGACGGGAGGCAUCCAUGCCGCACUUCUUCAUAUGCUUCUGGAGGGUUGGUAUCUGGUGACUCUAGUAGGAGUGGUGGUGGUCGAUGAGUUCUUAAUAGUCAAAACUCUAAUUGUGUUUCAAUGAGUCUAAUUGAAGAAAAUGCUGAGAUACUUGAGCAAAAGACUGAUGAGUAUCUAGUAGAUAAACUAGAUGACGAGGAGGAGGAGGAUGAAAAUGAGGACAUGGACGAGGAUGAAGAAUCCUGUAAUGAUGCACUUGAUGAUGGUGAUGAUGCAGGUCCUAUUAUUACUUUACUUGUUUGGUCAAUUCAUUAUUGUAUAUUCAUAUGUUGUAUCUCUGUUGGUUUGAUUAUAUUAUAUACUUGUUUCCUCAGUUGAUGUAAUUAUAUUCAUGUUAGGAUUGUCUGUCUAAUUAAAUUGUUACAGGUGAGGCACACACUCCAGAUGAGACAAGCAAAGGGUACCAUCUCAGGGGUUGAUCUGUCUCGUGGUAGCGCUAAUCGAUUCACUCCGUUUGUGUUCAAAAAAGUUGCUAAAAAAAUGCAUGAAUCUUGUAAAAGUGUAAAGUGGGUAAUGAGAAAGUAGAUGUUGUUUAGUUAACAUGUCUAUGUAUCAGUUAAUUUUUCUAUGUAUGAAUUAACUGUUCUA